CAGUUAGCACAAAUUAGCAAAACAUUAUUAUUAGUAGUAAUAAUGGUCUAAAAAUCCUUCUACAUUGGAUACAACAAUGUAAAUUUUCAAAUGUUUAAUGAAGUAAAAGGUGAAGGACUGAGUUUAUUCUGAUUGACAUUAAGCUUUAUUAGCCAUAUUGUCCGGUUGCUACAGGAAGUUAUAGGUCUCCCACUGCGCAUGCGCGUCUGUUGACCGUUCUUCCUUCUGCUUUUUAGAGGUAGCGGCAGAGACACUGCCAGAAAUGCAGGUUAUGGAAGAUGUACCCAGUCUCAUCUCUGAGGCUUUGUGUUGUACUCGUCAAGCUCAGCAUACAGAACCAGCUCUGUUACGGAUGUGUACAGUGAAACUGGUGGACUUCAGGAAAAUACAGGGCCUGGAUGCAAACGUAAUCUCAGAUGGAAAUGUGCAUACUGGAGUUUCAGGAAUAUCUAGUUUUUAUGGAGACCAACCAUCACUGCGUGCUCUGUUAAAGAUGUGUUCUGUGAGACUGGUGGAUUGUAGAAAAAUAGCUGAAGAUGAACCAGAAGAUGGGGCUUCUGAUGACCAAUACAGCAGCGGCGAGUCCAGCAACUCAUCGUCUGAUGAAUGGGAUCUGUCAGGGCCUAAAAAACAACCGGUUAAAGGAAAGAGCCGUAGAAAAGUUUUUGUACCGGAAAUGGGAAAAAAGACAUAUCACUGCAGCCACUGCGAUAAGACUUUCAAGAAUCCGGUAACCUUCAGAAGCCACCAGAGGGUGUUUAUAGAAGGAAAGGGUCACAAAUGCACAGUGUGUGGAAAAAUAUUUUCAGCAAGAAAGCACUUGCUGGAGCACCGCCGAGUGCACACUGGGGAAAAGCCUUACCAGUGCACACAGUGUGGAAAAGCAUUUGCCCGACAAACAGGUCUGGAAGAGCACCGGAGAGUGCACACUGGGGAGAAGCCUUACCAGUGCACAAAGUGUGGAAAAGCUUUUGCCCUACAAUCAACAUUGCGCCUUCACCAGAUCGUUCACUCUGAUGAGAAGCCUUACCAGUGCACACAGUGUGGAAAAGCGUUUGCCCGACAAACAAGUCUGGAAGAGCACCGGAGAGUGCACACAGGCGAGAAGCCUUACCAGUGCACACAGUGUGGAAAAGCGUUUGCACGACAUGGAUGCCUGACACUUCACAAGAGCAUGCACACUGGGGUGAAGCCUCACCAUUGCACAAAGUGUGGAAAAGCCUUUUUACGUUUCACAAAUCUAAACAGACACCAGAUGGUGCACUCCAACUCGAAGCUUAACGGCGGCUCUCAGUCCGACAAGACGCAGGCAUCAAAUGUUAACGUGCACAAGGGUGUACAUACUGGCGAGGAUCAUAUAUGUUGCCAAAAGUGUGGAAGAAAAUUCUCAAGCUCAUUGGGUAUUCAAAGGCAUAAUUGUGCAAAUCCUCAUUCAAAACCAUACGAGUGCUCAGAAUGUGGUUUGAUGUUCAGAAAUUCUUUAAACCUAAACACUCACAAGCAAGUACACACUGAGGAGAAACCGUACAAGUGUUCUCGAUGUGAUAAGACAUUUAAAAGAUGUUCAUCUUUAAUCGUACACAAAAGGAUACACAGUGGACAAAAGCCGUACUACUGUGACUUAUGUGGAAAACAGUUUUCACAAUCAACACAUCUGCACACACACAAGAGAGUGCACACCGGAGUAAAGCCUUACAGCUGCUCGCAUUGUGGCAAGUCUUUCACUCAGUCAUCUCAUCUUACAGUGCACAAGCUAGUGCAUACCGGACAGAAGCCGUACUGCUGCACCACCUGUGGCAAAGGAUUCAGAUUAUCCAACCACCUUAAGAGUCACGAGAGGACUCACAGUGGGGAAAGGCCGUAUCCCUGCACUAUUUGCGGAUUCAGUUUCUCUCAGUCUAACAGCCUUAAAAAUCAUAUGAGAAUACACACUGGAGAGAAGCCUUACCAGUGCUCAAAAUGCGAUAAGGUAUUCAGACGUGGUGAGACAUUCACAGUGCACGAGCAAGUGCAUAAUGAAGAAAAGCCCUACAAGUGCAAACAGUGUGGAAAACACUUCUCAAGCUCAUUGGGGUUUCGGAGACACAAGACAAUACACAGUCAAGAGAAGCUACAUCGGUGCUCUGAGUGCGGUAAGCAGUUUGUGCAUCCGUCAACAUUAAACAAUCACAAGAGGAUACAUACCCAAGAGAAAGGUUUUCACUGCUCUGAGUGCGGUAAACAGUUUGUACAGUCUUCGUCUCUUAAACAUCACAAAAGAAUACACACUGGGGAAAAACCGUACAAGUGUUCUCAAUGUAAUAAGGCUUUUUCUCAUUCUUCAGCUCUUGUAGUACACCAAAGGCUACACAGUGGACAAAAGCCGUACCACUGUGACUUAUGUGGAAAACAGUUUUCACAAUCAACACAUCUGCGAACGCAUGAGAGAGUGCACAGCGGAGUAAAGCCUUACAUCUGUUCGCAUUGUGGCAAAUCUUUCAGUCAGUCGUCUCAUCUUGCGGUUCACAAGCUAUUGCACAGCGGGCAGAAGCCGUACUGCUGCACCACCUGUGGCAAAGGAUUCGCGACACCAGACUACCUUAAACUUCACCUGAGAAUUCAUACAGGUGAAAAGCCAUACAGGUGUUCUGUUUGUGGAUGGUCUUUCACUCAGUCCCACAGCCUCAAAGAGCAUCUGGGAAGACACUGGAGAGACGCCUUGCCGGUGUUGACGGCUCAGUAGGGCGUUCAGAGAGCUUGGCCAUUUUAAAUUCCAAAUACUUGACGAACGAUACUUUAGUUGAAUUGUCCUGGUCAUGAACAUCCAACCAGUCACAUACGUCAUGUUUAUGUCUGGUAUAGUAAGUUUAAGACUUGGGGCACAAGCUGGGGCACAGUCUAGAUAGGAUGCCAGUCUAUAACAAGGCACAACAGCACACACACACUUACGCACCCAUUCACAACCUACGGUCAAGUUAAAGAUGCCAAUCAGCCAACAAACAAUUUCUUUGGAUCUUGGGAGAAAACCAGAAUAUGAGAAGGAAUCCCCUGAGGCACAGGGAGAACAUCCAAACUCCAUAUGCCCCUGAGCCACUGUGCCCCCUAAAUGAAUCUAAUUAUAAAUAGAAAUGUAAAAUAAAACCUUAAUGUUAAAAAGUUUAAACUUUAAAACUUUAUUGAGCCUUUUGUCUCCAAAGACAGGACUACAGCAAGAUGCCUGGAACAAUCAACCAGGUAAUUUUCUUUAGAAAGCUGCACCCAUGCAAAUUUUGGUUAGUUGUCAAUACUUUUAUUGUUCAAUGUAAUAAUUUUUUUGAAGAGCUAGCAACUCUUCAUUAGUUUUUUUUUUUGAAGUCAUGUUUCUUUACUUAUAUGCAAAAAUUUAUGUAAAAUUUUGCUAAUCAUUCUGGAGUACUGUAUUACUCAGUAAAAGUGCAAUAAGAGUUUG